AGAGCCGGGGAGGAGGAGGAGGGCAGCGCCAUGACUCAUUUGCAGGCAGGUCUCUCCCCGGAGACUCUGGAGAAAGCCCGGCUGGAGCUGAAUGAGAACCCCGACACCUUGCACCAGGACAUCCAGGAGGUGCGGGACAUGGUCAUCACUCGGCCGGACAUCGGCUUCCUCCGCACCGACGAUGCCUUCAUCCUGCGGUUUCUGCGCGCCAGGAAGUUUCAGCACUUCGAGGCGUUUCGCCUCCUGGCCCAAUACUUUGAAUAUCGCCAGCAGAACCUGGACAUGUUCAAGAGCUUCAAGGCCACAGACCCGGGCAUCAAGCAGGCGCUGAAGGAUGGUUUCCCCGGCGGGCUGGCCAACCUGGACCACUACGGCAGGAAGAUCCUCGUCCUUUUCGCUGCCAACUGGGAUCAGAGCAGGUACACGCUGGUGGAUAUUUUGCGUGCCAUACUUCUUUCUUUAGAAGCCAUGAUAGAAGACCCCGAGCUUCAAGUGAAUGGAUUUGUUUUGAUUAUAGACUGGAGCAACUUCACCUUCAAGCAAGCAUCCAAGCUCACACCAAGCAUGCUCAGAUUAGCCAUAGAGGGCCUUCAGGACAGCUUUCCAGCUCGGUUUGGAGGAAUACAUUUCGUCAAUCAGCCRUGGUACAUCCAUGCCCUCUACACAGUUAUCCGGCCCUUUCUAAAGGAGAAGACACGAAAAAGGAUAUUCCUGCAUGGUAACAACCUCAACAGCCUGCAUCAGCUCAUACACCCUGAGAUCCUGCCCUCGGAGUUUGGAGGAAUGCUGCCCCCCUAUGACAUGGGGACRUGGGCAAGAACACUGCUUGACCAUGAGUACGACGAUGACAGUGAAUGCAAUGCGGACUCCUACAACACUCCUGCAAAGGAUAUAGAAAAGGACCUCUCUCCCAAAUCCAUGAAAAGGUCUCAGUCAGUCGUGGAUCCUGGGGUGCUGAAACGCAUGGAUAAGAAUGAGGAAGAAAACAUGCAGCCUUUGCUUUCACUUGACUAACAGUUUUUGAGCAUUGGACAUGAACUGAGGUGGAAGGCACUGCCUCUCAGCAACAAGCAAAUCGUUGGAAAAGAGUGUAACAGCUGGAAUCCUAUUUACUCAUGUUAAUGUAGCAUAAUGGCAGCAGGUUUUACUAUUCUGCCUGAAUUCUGGAUGCCCUUUGGUGAAAAAGAAGUGGAGAAAAAAAGAAAAUUAAAUUAAAAAAAAAGGAAAAGGAAUYAAUAAUUUAUUCUGUAAGUGCCAACUUGUUUGUAAAUACAAUAUAAUCCUCCGAUUUUACUUUGUAAGUUAUGGUAAACAAGUGCUAUGGAUAUGAGUGACUAUUAAAUAUGUCAGUGAAGUGCACCAUAAAAAGGAGAAGAAAAUAUGUGUGUUCUCUCUCUCUCACACACACACACACACAAACACAAACUGAACAAAGAAAACUAUCAAAGCAAAUUAAAUAUUGUCCUUCCCAUAGAAAGCCAACUAGUACAUUGACUAACUACUGUUUUUUUUUUUCUGCAAUGCUCAUGCAGUUUGYAAAGAUAAAGAGGGAAUAUAAGAACUUGGGAGAAGCUGUAAUCAGUUGAAUGUUUCCUAACUGUAGGAAUUGGUUUCCCAAAUAACACUGGGGCUUUGGGUUAUGAUUUAGCAUAAACCAUGUGCAUUGUGAGAAAGGUCAGAGGUGAACUGGAACCACCUCUUGGAUAGCUUUGUUGUUCAGCUGUAUGGAUCUCUGAGGUUUCUUCCCUAACUUUUCAUUUACACAAGUAACCUGGCUUGUUACCAUUAUCUGGGUGUUGGAAUGUGGGACACACUGGAGUUACUUCUCUUGAGUUUUGGGUGCACAUCAAGAAUUUUUCCAUCACUCUGUUCUCCCUUGGAACGAGACAUUAGUCCUCUGAAUACAGUGUAAUAACCAKUAUCUGAAAGUAAAGCCUUGCAGCAGAGGUGAAAAGUUAAUCACUGAAUCCUGUGCACUGGGAGACUGGAUACAUAUAUAUAUUUUUACCAAUCUCUGAGGAGCAUACAAGGUGACAUUGUUAGAUAAGUAUAUUUCAUUGAAGGUUUAUACAAGAAAUCAUACCUAUUCAAUGUACUUAGAUAUAUUAUAGAUUGUAUAUUGAGACAACAUCAUUAUUAAUAUGGUAAAACUUUCCAUAGAUCAACAGCAUCCCACUCCAAGCAAGGAUUUAUAUGAAUAAGUUGUAGUCAAACAUCUCAGCCUAUGUGUUUAGGACACCUUUGUUUUGGUUGUAGCGUAACUGUAUAUAUUGAACAUGUGCCAUAAUAGAGAAAUACAUUUUACCUCAAAAGGGCAACAGGUUUCACUAGGGAUUGGGUAAAUCAGAUAAAACAUAGGGGCUGUGUCAUCUUUGUGUGCUGAGGCUGAUGUGUGCGCAGCCUGUGGUGUGCUGAGGUGAGAAUGUAAUUCCUUAUUAGGACUUCAGUGGACAGAGUAGGAAGACACACAGGGUGCCCAGCAAGAUACCUGAAUAAUUAGAGGGUUUGUAGGAGCAUGGCCAGGCAGUGCAGGGAUUAGUUGAGAAAACACUGACCACAGUGAAGGUGUUGCAAUCCUGCCUCACAAGUGCUGGAGUUGUUAAAAAAAUUYUUUCCAUCACUUCAGUGAUCAGUGAAGUUUCAGAGUUACUGGUUGUAAGCCACCUCUCCUCAUCCAGGAGGAUUACAGCUGUAGGACUUGGUAGGCUGAGAUGAGUUAAGAGCACUGAGUGAAAUGUUGAAAGUACGUGGUCUCGAGUUUAGUAGUAAUUCCUGUAGCAGAAGCUUCAGCAUUUCUCAGGGCUGAGACGACCCUGACUCUUCCAGCAUCGCCCUSGACUGGCCCAGGCAGCACACAGAGAAAGCUUUCCUACUUCACAGGUCAUUAGCAGUGCUGAUAAACAUUGUAUGCCCUAACACUCCAUCACCUUGCAGGAACUUCUCUGAACAAUUCACUACCUUUCUGCUUUCCUAAUUCUGUUUUCAUGACACGUGUUAGGAAAUGCAGAGAGGAAAGAUAUGGAGCUUGACUACUUCUGUGGUUUGAGAGACUUGAAAAAAUGGUCAGUUCUUAUAUACUAUUCUAUUCAGUUCUGUUUUUCACAYUGCUUGUAACAUCAUGCUCUAUAAGUGAGAUGUGUCUCCAGUAUUUGUGUAAGUGCCAUAUUUGAAUGUAUGUUAUAUAUUUCCACACUUCUGGUUAGYAGAAUACUCUAUUGUCAUUGAUAUGAUUUUUAAAUCCUUAUCAGAUAAAACUGAAACAUCAGUAGAAAUUUUCUCCUUACAAGGGCUUUGGGAUUUAGUCAGUACUCCACAGGUAUACAAACUGUGACAGAGUGGUGAUCAACAUCUUCAUGGAUCCUUUGGGAUGCAUGGACAGACUUUGGUAUAAGACAGCAGAAUGCUGAUUUCAGAGUAAAUCACCUGUCCAGUAAAAAAAUGCAAACCUGUUCCCCUGUAUGAAGCUUAAAAUUUGUUUUGAAGCUUAUAAAUUUGUUUUGUUUGAAAAUCCUUUAUUUGUGCACUUAACUGUAAUUUAUGUAAUAUUUUCUGAUGCCUGAUUUUAAGGUAAUGAGUAUUAAUACAUUCUUUCCAGAAAGUGAAAGUAGGAUGUAUUAUAAUUUUGUGUAACUGGGACCUCAUCUUUCAGCAGGAACAAAAUUGCAUUUUCAAUAAGAUUCACUCUGUUAAAGAGUCGGGCUACAGGUCUUUKUGGCUGCAGCUUUCAUUUCACUGAAGCAAAUUCUGACAGUGGCAAUCACGGUUGUGACAUUGAAAAAGAAUAUGAAAAUGGGUAAGAGAAAUAAAUAUACUUUACCUGCUCUCUGUAUUCUUUGAAGGCAUUUCUCUUUUACAUAUCAGGGUACAUAAAGGGUUCCACCUUUCUUGUAGAAAAUCUUUAUAGGUAGCUCAAUUUUUAUUAGAUGAAAUUUGGACUGAAAACUUUUUCCAAUCUUUAUUACUAUAGGAAUUGCUGUCUAAUUUUUAUAGUAGAAUUGAAGUGCUAAAAAUAGAAUGCAGAUGCUUGGGAGGAACUCCUUUUAAUUUCUUACCUUUCUUGUGUAUUGGAUAGAAUAAAACCUUGUAAUUAUGCAUGCUGAUAUGCAUAUUAAAAAUAUCCUGCAAUAUGAGGAACUUAGUGGAGAAACUGGAUAUGCCUGUCCAACUAUAUAAAAAAAGGAGGAUUAAAAAUAAAAAAAAGAGAUUGUUUUGGGCAUUUUCUUGACAUCUAAAAAUAUCCUCUAACGUGAUGAUGUUUCCAAGACACAAAUAUUCGAAAAUACAUGUAAAAGUUAUGGAAACUUCCAUGACCAAAACCUCCUUGUAAUCAGAGACAUCAGKAGACUCUUGGCUUUAUGGAGACAGGUAAUCAAACCCACUAAGCUCCAACAAAUACACAGACUCCCAAUAGUUAUUAGUUGUAAAAUAGUCUGAGAUGUCUUUACAGAAAUGUAAAUUUACUGUAUAGCAUAUUUAAAAAGAUGUUUUGCACUCUACAAACAUGCUAUGCCUAGUCACAAACUGAACACAGAAUUAAAGAAAAGAGGAGUAAAAGGGGGACCUCAAGGGGUCACUGAUAUGUGGAGGAGCAGAUUCACUUUAAUGUCGCUCUCAAAUKGUUUAGCUCAGUACCUUGCAUGGAAUGCUCUUUGUGUUAUUUAAUCACAGUCACACCAAGCCUAAGCACAUUACCUGACAAAAUUGUAACCUGACRGUAUUUUGUUCAUGCCUUUUAUUAUUUUCCUGUUCUGUUUGGGAAAUUAAAGUUUGUCAAGCAUCAUAAUAACYACCAUUUAGCAUUAAUUGGAAAACACUUUGCAAUAAGCUCUGGUCAUAUCCCUGCUAUUAUAUUGUUUCUGUUAUUAUUGUCAUCCAUGUAUGUAUUUGUCAAGUUUUUUGAUAAAGUCAUGUUUGAAAGAGCAUGCAAGAGAGAAAAAACCAAAAUCAAUCAGACUUCAGGAUUUUGUUUAGAAUAUUAAAAUGGGAUUUUUAGGGGGAUGCUGAGUUUGGAUUUUAUAUACUUUAAUUGCCUCUGGGGAGUGUUCUGCUGAGCAAUCAACAGUGCUGGGUACCAAGACAAAUUUGGAAGAUAAAUAUCAAUAUGAAAGGCAAGAGCAAAGGUCUCAGAGGAUUGUACUGAAAAAGCCMCUUAAUCACAUGGCUAGCUGGAUCGGGUUCCUCUAAAGAAAAGUAUUUUGCAAGUAGCUUGUUGGUGUGUACUUCUGGUGCUGAGAAUAGUUCUUUUGUCCAUAAAUUUCAAAGCACUCUGUGAAACUGAGAAAAUAAUAGUUAUCCCAUUUCUCAGGUAGCCAAACAGAAACACAGCCAGUUAAAGACAUUUCUCAAUGGAAGACAUUUUUCUAUAUGGCAAAGAUGACACUUUGAUCACUCAGUCUGAUUUCAACUGCAGAAUAAAAGAUAAUGUGUCCCUGUUUUGUGUAAGGAGGUCCAGUUGUUGAUUCCCUGAUGCUUGGUUUCUUUAGAACACUUUACCAUGAGACCAUUGCAAACCAGGGGUGUUCUGCUUUCCUGUGGAGUUAAUUUGGAAUGUACAAUUAACCUUUUCUGUAGAGGCAAUGGCAAAAAGGGAGUAUGUCCCCCAAAUGAAAUGCCUUUCUUCCCUAUCGAA